UUUUGUUUUCCAUGCACAUUUGAAUGAAACAUUAACAAUUCUUCCAUUAAGAAUCCGAUAUAACGGCGUUAUCCUUCCCAUUUUUACACCCUUCCCUCAUCUUAUUCUUCUUCUUCCUCAUUGCCGCCUGUUUUAUCCCCUCAUAUUCACCAAUGCGCGCAUCCAUCCAUUUUCUAGAUUAUAUAUAUUUAUUCCCUCUCUUCCCUCCUCAAAACAAUCUUCUUCUUUUUUUUUUCUCGUUCACUCAUCGAAUCAACGAACCCCCUAUUUCUUCUUCUAAAAUAUUCCUUCAAACCCCACCAACUACUGGCCUUUCUGCCUCUCCAACCGUACAAAAUGUGAGUGAGCUUGGGGGAAAAAUAAUAAAAUAA